AAAUCAAGCAAGUGUGCCGCCCAACCUUCGCCUCAGACCUGCAGUUUUUUUCUUGUGCAAUGGACGGCCGCCUAGACGCUGACUUGUACCCUCUGGGAUCCGGCUACGUCCCUGAAAUUGAGAGUGUCCAUGACAUAGCAGUUGGCACAAAGAGGGGAUCUGACGAACUCUUUUCUUCCUGCAUGACCAACGGGCCCUAUAUCAUGAACUCAGCCAAUGGCAACGACAGCAAAAAAUUCAAGGGUGAGGUUCGCAGCCCCAGUGUUCCGUCGCGCGUGGUGCACGUACGCAAGCUGCCCAGUGACAUAAACGAGGCCGAGGUCAUUGGGCUGGGGUUACCCUUUGGUAAAGUCACCAAUCUGCUGAUGCUGAAAGGGAAAAACCAGGCUUUCUUGGAGCUGAACAGUGAGGAGUGUGCUCAAACCAUGGUGAGCUACUACUCAUCUGUCACCCCUAUCAUCAGAAACCACCCCGUUUAUAUGCAGUACUCCACCCACAAAGAGCUCAAGACUGACAACUCCCCCAACCAAGUGCGUGCCCAGGCAGCUCUGCAGGCGGUCAACGCACUACAUGGAGGCGCGAUUGGAGGCGGCAUGGCCAUAUCUUCAGAUGCAGGCGGCCUCGCAGGCGCUACAGCUCAAAGCCCCGUUCUCAGAGUUAUUGUAGAGAACCUCUUCUACCCAGUCACCCUGGAGGUUCUGCACCAGAUAUUUUCCAAGUUUGGCACGGUGCUGAAGAUCAUCACUUUCACAAAGAACAACCAGUUUCAGGCUCUCAUCCAGUAUGCUGACGCCAUGACGGCCUAUCACGCUAAAUUGUCUCUGGAUGGUCAGAACAUCUACAACGCUUGUUGCACCCUGAGAAUCAGCUAUUCCAAGCUCACCAGCCUGAACGUGAAGUACAACAACGACAAAAGCCGGGACUACACACGCCCAGACCUCCCCACUGCAGAUUCUCAGCCCACCCUUGACCACCAAACCAUGGCAGCUGCUGCAUUUGCACCAGGUUUAAUAUCUGCAUCUCCAUAUGGUGGCGCUCAUGCAUUCCCCCCAGCCUUUGCCAUCCAGCACGCAGGUCUGUGCCCUUCAUUCCGUCUUGCAAUGCCCGGUAUUCCCGGCGCCCUGGCAUCUCUGGGUGUUGGGCACGGAGGCAUGGCAGCAGCAGCGGCCGCCGCCAGUCGCCUCAGCCUGGCCGGCCUCGCUGCUGCAGGGGGGCACAGCGUUCUGUUGGUCAGCAAUCUGAACCCUGAGAGCGUUACGCCACACUGCCUCUUUAUUCUUUUCGGUGUGUAUGGCGACGUGAUGAGAGUCAAGAUCCUGUUCAAUAAAAAGGAAAAUGCGCUGAUCCAGAUGUCUGAUGGCACCCAGGCUCAGCUAGCCAUAAACUACCUCAACGGCCAGCGGCUUCACGGCAGGGCCAUCCGUGUGACGGUGUCCAAACACACCACGGUCCAGCUGCCGCGAGAGGGCCAAGAGGACCAGGGCCUGACCAAGGACUUCAGCAACUCCUCACUGCAUCGCUUCAAGAAGCCCGGCUCCAAGAAUUACUCCAAUAUCUUCCCGCCCUCCGCGACGCUCCACCUCUCCAACAUACCGCCAUCUGUGGUGGAGGAAGACCUCGAGAGGCUUUUUACCAGCUCAGGAGCCACAGUCAAAGCCUUCAAGUUCUUUCAAAACGAUCGCAAGAUGGCCUUGAUCCAGAUGGCCUCCGUCGAGGAGGCCAUCGAGUGCCUGAUCGAGUUCCACAACCACGAUCUGGGGGAGAAUCACCACCUUCGCGUGUCCUUCUCCAAGUCCACCAUCUGAGUGCCUUUUUUGUCUCCCUCUCGAGGUUUACUGUUUGAUUGCGACCAUUCUCCCGCUCUCAUUCGGUGAAAAUUAGACGCUAAUGACUUGUUUCCUUGCAGAAAGUUGCUCCUACUUCUACAAUGUUUAUUUCUCCAGUACGCUCAGUUUUUUUUUAAUCACUAUUUUAUAUGGUAUAACAAAAACAAUCCCAAUUUCUUUAGGUGUCAGUCGGGUAGAAGGGUGUUUGGGUGUUAAGGUAACGGACAAACUAUAUUUUGUAUACCAGUCAGAAAACCUGCUAAGUGAUUUAGGGACACGCUUCUUUACAAGAAAAUGUUUUUAACGCUUUUAUGUUUAGAAUAUAUGUCCAACAAACCUGCACAGGCGCUGAUGUAAGCACAACCAUGAAUGAGGAGUUAAACCAGCUCUUUGGUACCCAAACGAGCUGGUGUGAAGGCGGAGCAGCAGUCUGCAAUAAAACAAGACACAUUUGCGCUAAUGAGCUGUCACUUAGAAGACCAAAAUGGCCUGAAGACACCAUCUAUACAUACCAGACACACUUCUGCAUUCCGUGUGCCUUCGGAGGCUAAUUAUUAUUUUUAAUUAUUUUAUUUUUUCUACCCGGACCACGAAAAAAUUUCCCCUUUUACUUUCAAAACAGAUAUUUCAUGUAAGUGCUCACCGAUUUGCUUCAAGGGAUAUGUACCACUAUAUUGUAGUACUCUUGAGUUGGAGAAGCAUAACUAUUAUCUACUACAGUCUCGUGCCUUACGCCUCCUUUCCCAGCCACAAGCCUUAAGCAAUCUGGCUUCUGUCAAAAAAUCUUUCUCCCCACCCUUAGUGAAAGUGGUAAAAGAUCUAGUCUAAAUACGAAUAACGUGUAUGCAGAAAGUUCUGAAUGUAAGUCAUGAUAGAGGCCUAAUAUGCUUGCUAGGCAAUUGUAGCUCUUAGGCGUAAGAGCCACUCACAUUCACAGCGCCCUUUGACCUACUUGUCGGUCUCAUUUAACCAUCUUUAUAUUCAUUUAUAUGUGGACACAUAUAUUCAUUUAUCUUUUUUUAUGUUUGCAUUUAUCUCUUCUGAACGUAUCGGUUAGUAGUGGCCUGUUUGGUUAAACCACAGUGCCUUGACCCACCCAGUUUGUUUACCUAUUUCGUCAGGUGUUGUCCCCCACACACACACACCUAAGAUUUAGUUUUACCACCAAGCUCAGGUAAAUCCUACCUGUGAGAGGGCAGCUGGGAGGCAUUUGUCAGUUCGAAUCAUUUAUUUGUUUAGUUUAAUUUCUCGUGCACUUUGUCCCCUUCCUUUUGCGAACCCCUCAAGUGUCACGCGAGUCUUAAAAAAAAAACGUCACAUUCCUCUCAGUGCCUCCCGCACGCUUCUCCACAGCCUCGGACCACUGUAUAGUCCCGGAGCAGGCGGGUGUCCGCUCCCUAUUUUUCUAAAAAGACAAUUAUUAUGCAUGGUUUAAGAAAAAGCUUCAUGUAGCUACAGACGGUUAUUGAUGUUGUUGUUGUUGUUGUUGAGGACCAAAGGACCUUCUGCGGUUUUGUAGUGUUGGGAUUUCUUAAGUUUGUUUCCUCCCCCGCUUACACACAUUCCACAACCUGAACGCGUCGUCCUCGAUUGCCUCAAAGACACGUACACUGUGUUGCCAGGAAAAAAAAACCCGACGCUAGAUCCGGAGCCCGCUCACCAUUCCCCACACAGUGAAGUCGCUUACAUUGUUUAGUUUGUUUAGAGCUUUUAGGUUUCUCCUUUUUAUACGGGGCUUGUUGUACAACGCGGGGGCUGCUGGUUGUAUAUAUUCAUGUUUUUGUACCACACAAUCAUUUGGAUUAUAAAGACUUUACGUUCAAACAUGUAUAUUUUGAUAAAACAAUACAAUAUUAAAAAAAGAUAAAAAGCUCCACCGGAGCUAUGAAAACAA